AUGUUUGACCCUUCUAAAGUUGGUGUGUUUGAUCCUCCUUUGCAAAAAGAAAAACCUAUUGCGGAGACUACACGUGCUAAGAAUCUGGGUGUUUCUAAAAUGACCCAACCUGAAGAGCUCGGGACUGCGUUUGAAAAAGCCUCUGAAGUUUCUGAGAUCGUCGCUAUGGGGGUUCAAGGGUGUGUUCAUGCCAAUUUGAGCCAACUUGUGGAGGAGCAAAACUUGCUACACAAUCCUACCAUGGCAGAUCGGGGGCUCUUGUCGUUGUUGUUCAAGGCUAACUAUUAUACCUUCAAAUAUGAAAACCCAAGCACAG